CCAUGUCAUUUAAAACUCAAGUCUAAUUAUAUGACACAUAUACAAAAAUAGACCCAAAGCAUUGUGGAUGCGACCUCAACAAAAAAUUUCCAUAUAAAUUGUCCUUUUCAUCACUUGCACUCAAUUCUAGCCACCAGUAUAAAACUUUAUUCACAGUACUUUUUUGCAAAUUCAAUAAAAUAUUAAAAAAUGAAAUUUGUUCUAUCCUCAAAAAAUCAAGAAAGCCAAAAAAUUGCAUCACACUCACACACACACAGUUCAAAACACCUAAUCAUUCUUGAAUCAUCAUACAAAGAAAAGUUAGGAGAAAAGGAAAAUCUGACAAAAAAAAAAAAAGGUUCAAUAUGAAAGCGUUAUGGUGCUCAAACAUAAAGUUUCUAACACACAAAAACAGAGAGGAAAAGGGUCUUUUCUGCUCAAGGGAAAUAGCUCUGAGCAGACAAGGAGAGGGUUUUUCUUUACAUCAAAAGCGUGUUAGAGAUGGGUUUUUCCUUACGGUGACGUUUGAGCAAAAGCCCGUUUGUUCGAUCUCUGCAUCUUCUUCUGCUCAGGCCAAUGAUGAAACUGAAGAAACACAAGCAAUGGACUCAGAGGAUAAACCGAAAAUUGUUCGUGUCAGGUUCAAAUUACACAAAGAAUGUGCAUUUGGGCAGCAAUUUUUAUUAGUAGGUGAUGAUCCAAUGGUUGGAUUAUGGGAUCCCUCAAAUGGGAUGCCGUUAAUUUGGUCCGAAGGACAUGUUUGGACUGCAGAAAUCGAUAUGCCAAGUGGUAAGGUAAUCAAGUAUAAGUUCUUACUUAAGGGAGAAGAUGAAAAUGUAACAUGGCAGCCCGGCCCAGAUAGGUUUGUUGAAACAUGGUACACUGACAAAGUAAUAACCGUUUAUGAGGAUUGGGAAAAUCCCGAACUCCAAAACACAGUCGAGGAGGAAAUUUCAGCAGAAAUAAAAAACGAGUCUUUGCUCAACUCGAAUUCGCCGAUAAAAAAUGGUGAUAAUUCAAAUCAGCUGCCGGUAUUUUUGGCUGAAGAAAAUGACUCGAUUGAUGAACUCGGAGGUGAUGAUAACGAUAGUGAGGAGGAUCAUGUGGGCCCACAUUAUCUGUCAAUGGUUGCGGAAAAUAUUACGGAGGGAUUUGAGGGCCGAGGUAUUAUUAGUGCAAAUGAUGAGAAUGGAGAAAGGAAUUCGGGAGAUAACGAUGUGGCGAUUUACAGUGCCGACUUUUUUAGCUUGAAAGGUGAAGAGAAGACAAUAGUUUCGGAUGAAGGGGUUCCGGUUUUGGUGCCGGGCUUAAUUUCGAGUGCAAUGGAGGAGAUUGAAGAAAAAGUGGUAAAUGAGGUUGAUGAGAAUGAUGAAACUGUUGAGGAAAGAGUUGAUGAAGUUGAGGAUUCAACUGAAGCUGAGUUAGCUGAUGAGAAUGUAUCUGCAUCGAUGCUACAAGAAAGCAUCGAGACGAUAGUGAACAUUGAUGAUCAGAAGAAGGAAAUCAACGGCUCAGAUCAAAUCUUGGAUGGCGACAUGGAAUGGGGACGACGAACUCUUCAGAAAUUGCUCGCGAAUUUCGGAUUUCAAUAAUUAUUAUUACAAUAGUUGUUUUAGCAAGCAAAGAAAAAAAAAUAAAAAAAAAAAAUGG